AUGUCCAAUAAUAAUCAAGAAGAAGACAUAGCUGGAGAUUUUCGACAACCCACAGGUCCAAACCUCCAAAUGCAAGCAUUGUUAGGGGAGAUGAGGCGUAUGAUGAGGGCUGAAUUGGAACCUAUUCAUGAAAGGUUGGACAGGGUAGAAGCGGGAACUCCUAGGGAACAGCAACAGGACAACCCCAAUAGGCAACAAGGUGGGCGUGUUCCGUGGCGGAAUGUUGAGGAAGAGGCUGAGUCAGAGGAGUUUGAUGAGCCAUAUUUGAACCGGGGCAGGUUUGAGCGUGGGUAUGGGAAUAGAGAAGCUAGGAUGGGUAAGCCUAGGAAGGAUAAUGAUUUAGGAAACAUAAAGAUUAAAAUCCCAUAUUUUCAAGGUAAAAAUGAUCCUGAAGCUUAUUUGGAGUGGGAAACUAAAAUGGAGAUGGUGUUUGAUUGUCACAACUACUCGGAGAUAAAGAAGGUUAAGUUGGAAGCAGUUGAAUUCACUGAUUAUGCCAUUGUUUGGUGGGAUCAAUUACUAAUUAAUAGGAGGAGGAAUAGAGAGCCACCCGUGGACACUUGGGAGGAGAUGAAAAUUCUUAUGAGGAAGCGUUUUGUACCCAGCCACUAUUAUAGGGGAUUAUAUCAAAAGUUGCAGAGGUUAAAUCAAGGUUCCAAGAGUGUGGAUGAGUAUUACAAGGAGAUGGAAGUUGCUAUGAUCCGGGCUAAUGUAGAAGAGGACAGGGAAUCCACCAUGGCUAGGUUUUUGCACGGUUUAAAUAGAGAGAUUGCGGAUAUAGUUGAGUUGCAGCACUAUGUUGAGCUGACAGAUAUGGUGCAUCAAGCCAUAAAGGUGGAGGAACAACUCAAACGGAAGGGAUUGGCUAGGAGGGGACAACCUAUGGCUACCACCAACCUAUGGAAGACAGCUCCAAAAAGGGAUGAACAGCUACAAAAUAAUCCAAAAUUUGAACCCUCGAAUGCCAAGCCAACGACCACCACUACUUUAGGUAACACUGGUUCUUCUACUUCUAAAACACGUGAUAUUAAGUGUUUUAAAUGUCAGGGGCGGGGACACAUAGCUAGCCAGUGUGUAAACAAAAAGGUGAUGGUGAUUAAUGCCCAAGGAGAGCUUAAGUCAGAGAAUGAGGAAGAAGUAGAUGAUGAUGCCAUGCCACCUUUGGAGGAUGCUGAUGAUGAGCAAAAUGUUGUGGUUGGAGAUUUAUUGGUAGCAAGUGUCAUUAUCGAUGGAGGGAGUUGUACAAAUGCAGCCAGCACUUAUUUGGUGGAGAAAUUGGCCUUAACCACUUUGAAACAUCCUCACCCUUACCGGCUUCAGUGGCUGAAUGAUUGUGGCAAAAUCAAGGUGACAAGGCAAGUGUUGGACGUGUUAUCCAUUGGCAAAUAUGAGGAUGAGGUGCUUUGUGAUGUGAUUCCUAUGCAUGCAUGCCAUUUAUUGUUGGGAAGACUGUGGCAGUGUGAUUUGAGGGUUACGUAUGAUGGAUUCACGAAUAGGUAUUCUUUCACUCUUAAAAGGCAACCUAUUACUCUUGUUCCAUUAACUCCAAAACAGGAGUUUGAAGAUGCCCUUCUCGAAGAGGUACCUUAUGGCUUACCUCCAAUUCGAGGGAUUGAACAUCAAAUAGAUUUCACACCCGGCGCAUCCAUUCCAAACCGACCUGCUUAUUGGAGCAAUCCCGAGGAGACCAAGGAGCUUCAGAGGCAAGUAGGUGAAUUAUUGGAGAAGGGGUAUGUGCGUGAAAGCAUGAGUCCUUGUGUUGUUCCGGUGCUAUUAGUUCCUAAGAAGGAUGGAACAUGGAGGAUGUGUAAUGACUGCCGAGCCAUCAACAACAUAACGGUAAAGUAUCGUCAUCCCAUUCCUAGAUUAGAUGAUAUGUUGGAUGAAUUGCAUGGUUCUUGUGUCUUUACAAAAAUUGAUCUUAAGAGUGGAUAUCAUCAGAUUAGGAUGAAGGAAGGUGAUGAGUGGAAAACUGCUUUUAAGACUAAAUAUGGCUUGUAUGAGUGGUUAGUAAUGCCUUUCGGUUUAACUAAUGCUCCGAGCACAUUUAUGCGUUUGAUGAACCGUGUUUUGUGUGCAUUUAUUGGCAGAUUUGUAGUUGUGUAUUUUGAUGAUAUCCUAAUUUAUAGCAAAAACUUGGAAGAACAUGUAAUGCAUUUGAAAUCUGUUUUGGAAAUUCUAAGAAAAGAAAGGUUGUUUGCUAACCUCAAGAAGUGCACCUUUUACACGGAUAAGCUUGUGUUUCUUGGUUUUGUUGUUAGUAAGAGCGGAAUUGAGGUGGACGAGGAAAAGGUGAAGGCAAUCCAAGAGUGGCCAACACCUACAACAAUUAGCCAAGUGAGGAGUUUCCACGGCUUAGCUAGCUUCAAUAAACGGUUUGUGUGUGAUUUUAGUAGCUUAGCCGCCCCUCUUACUGAACUCAUCAAGACAAAUGUGCAGUUUAAGUGGGGGAAAGAACAAGAAAAGGCAUUUAAUCUGAUCAAAGAAAAAUUAACUAAUGCACCUUUGCUAAGACUUUUGAAAUUGAGUGUGAUGCUUCAGGAAUAG